AUGGUGCUGGGGCGCCUGGCUCGACAGUUCUGGACCGAGGGCGCUGGCACUCAGUACUCUGUCCAGAAGCGCAGGCACUCCACUAGGCUCCAGGACGCGCCCCCGUGGCUCCGGGACCCCGAGGCCCUCGGCGCGGGGGGCGCCGCCUCGGAGGACCCGGCCCUCGACGGCGACCUCGCGCACCUCGACGGCUACCUCGGGCCGCCGCCCUGCUCGGGCACCUCGACGGAGACCUCCUGA